CCGAGUUGUUCACUUUUUGGGUGAACGAACGUGGGCCUUGGAAUGAGCCAUGGUAGAAGAAUACUUCUACCAUGGAAUGAACUAAUUCUUUGGCGUUGCCAUACGCUUACUGCAAAUAGCAGUAAUCGAUAAAUUUGUUAUCGAGUUUAUUUUCAUUUGCCGGUCAUCUCUAUUGAACUAACGUUUACUUUGUUUUUUUUUGUGUAGUUUAAGAAGCAAAGAGAGGCAGCCAGAUUCCAAGUAAAUCAUGUCCAGAAAUAGGAAAAGGGAAGCCCAGAGCAGUAGCUCUGAAGAAUUGGACAGUGAAGAAGAAACCCGCUUGAAAGAUAUUAAAGAAAGAGAUGAGUUUGCGGAACGUUUAAAGAAACGAGAUGAAGAACGUACUAGGAAAAUUAUGGAAGCCUCCUCGAGUCGCAAGGCCAUUGAGGAGGCUGCCAAACGGUUAAAAUUGGAACUUGAAGACAGGGAUAAGAUAUUACCAAAAUUGCGUAUAGAAUCCCGAAGGAAAUAUCUAGAGAAAAGAAAAGAGGAUAAAGUGGCUGAGUUGGAGGCAGACAUUCUGGAUGAUGAGUAUCUCUUUGAGGAUUCUGUUUUAACGGAAAAAGAAAAACAGGAACGUGAAUACAAAAAACAACUGCUGACCAUAGCCAAGGAGCAUGAGAAAGCCCGUGAGUUGGAACGCAUCCAAAGGUAUCACAUGCCAAGGGAUUUGAAAAAAGGCGAAAAAGAGGAAUAUGUAGAGGUUGAUGAAAAUGAAAAACUUCCACAUUCGGAACAAAAGAAAUGGGAGGCGGAGCAACUGGCCUCGGCCAGAUUCCAAUUUGGCGCCAAAGAUGCAAAAGCCCAGGAGGAAUAUGAGCUAUUGUUGGACGAUCAAAUCGAUUUCAUACAAGCUCUGACUAUGGAUGGCUCAAAGGAUAAAACAUCAAAAGAACCAGAGUUGUCCGAGGCCGAACGGAAACGAAUGACCAUCGAAGAGACAAAGAAAUCAUUGCCGGUGUAUCCGUUCAAAGAGGAUUUGAUUGCGGCCAUAAAGGAACAUCAGAUUCUCAUUAUUGAGGGAGAAACUGGUUCGGGAAAAACCACACAAAUUCCCCAGUAUUUGGUGGAGGCAGGUUUCACAGAGGACAAGAAGAAAAUUGGUUGUACCCAGCCACGUCGUGUGGCUGCCAUGUCCGUGGCUGCCCGUGUUGCGGAGGAAAUGGGAGUAAAGCUGGGCAAUGAGGUGGGCUAUAGUAUACGUUUCGAAGAUUGUACCUCGGAGCGCACAAUACUCAAAUACAUGACUGAUGGUACCCUGCAUAGGGAAUUUUUGUCAGAGCCUGAUUUGGGAUCCUACAGUGUAAUGAUUAUCGACGAGGCCCAUGAACGUACCUUGCAUACGGAUAUUUUGUUUGGUUUGGUUAAAGAUAUUGCACGUUUCCGUACAGAUCUAAAACUCUUAAUAUCCAGUGCAACAUUAGAUGCUGAAAAGUUCUCCCAAUUCUUUGAUGAUGCACCCAUUUUUCGAAUACCUGGCCGAAGAUAUCCCGUUGACAUUUUCUAUACAAAAGCACCGGAAGCGGAUUAUAUUGAUGCAUGCUGUGUGUCGGUGUUACAGAUUCAUGCCACCCAACCGCUGGGAGAUAUUUUGGUAUUCUUGACAGGUCAAGAUGAAAUCGAAACGUGUCAGGAGGUUUUGGCGGAUCGUGUCAAACGUUUGGGUUCCAAAAUUAAGGAACUAAUUAUAAUACCCGUUUAUGCCAAUUUACCCAGUGACAUGCAGGCCAAGAUUUUCGAACCCACCCCACCGAAUGCACGCAAAGUUAUUUUGGCCACAAACAUUGCUGAAACGUCACUGACCAUUGACAAUAUUAUAUACGUCAUUGAUCCGGGAUUUUGUAAGCAAAAUAAUUUCAAUUCACGUACCGGUAUGGAAUCGCUUAUGGUUGUGCCAAUUUCUAAAGCCUCGGCAAAUCAAAGGGCUGGACGUGCCGGACGUACUGCACCGGGUAAAUGUUUCCGUUUGUAUACGGCAUGGGCCUACAAACAUGAAUUGGAAGAUAAUACUGUGCCCGAAAUACAGCGUAUCAAUUUGGGUAAUGCCGUGCUUAUGCUCAAGGCCUUGGGUAUUAAUGAUUUAAUACAUUUUGAUUUUUUGGAUCCUCCGCCACAUGAAACAUUGGUAUUGGCAUUGGAACAACUUUACGCCCUGGGAGCCUUAAAUCAUCAUGGAGAAUUGACAAAACUUGGUCGACGAAUGGCUGAGUUUCCUGUGGAUCCAAUGAUGGGCAAAAUGUUAUUGGCCAGUGAAAAAUACAAAUGUUCCGAGGAGCUGGUUUCAAUUGCUGCCAUGCUCUCGGUGAACAGUGCAAUAUUCUACAGGCCCAAAGAUAAAAUCAUACAUGCCGAUACGGCGCGAAAAAACUUCAAUCACAUACACGGUGAUCAUCUGAGUCUCAUGCAGGUCUACAAUCAAUGGGUUGAGACCGACUACAGUACCCAGUGGUGUUAUGAGAAUUUCAUACAAUAUCGUUCAAUGAAACGGGCCCGAGAUGUACGCGAGCAGUUGGUGGGCCUGAUGCAACGUGUCGAAAUCGAUAUGGUCUCAUGUCUGCCGGAAACAACAAAUGUUCGUAAAGCUAUAACGGCGGGAUAUUUCUAUCAUGUGGCACGUCUUUCGAAAGGUGGCAAUUAUAAGACGAUAAAACAUAAUCAAACCGUUAUGAUACAUCCAAAUUCUUCACUGUUUGAGGAAUUGCCAAGAUGGGUACUCUAUCAUGAGUUGGUAUUCACCACCAAAGAGUAUAUGCGUCAGGUUAUUGAAAUUGAAAGUAAAUGGCUGUUGGAAGUAGCACCACAUUAUUAUAAGGCAAAAGAACUGGAAGAUUCGACAAAUAAAAAAAUGCCCAAGGUCCAGGGGAGGGCUACAAUGACCGAAUGAAAUUCAAGAAAA